GAACAUUUGCUGUGGGCAUUCCUGAGAGCGGCUCUGGGCUGAGAAAAGAGACAGACAGACGGAGAGAGAGAGAGAGAGAGAGAGAAAUACACGCAGACCCCCCAACAUCACCUAGACCACGUGCUCCAUCCAGCACAACGAGGGGUGGAGGACGCACAAGUACAAGCGCGUCCAUGCGUGCCGAGCUUAACAAGACAGUAAACGCGCAUGCACACACACUGCGAAUCCAACAAUUGGAAUAAGAGUUUAUCUUGAGAACUCUUAAAAGAAGAACACAGCUUUGUUGCCAGCACGAAGACCGCCUAUGUGAGUACGCGGCAAGAAGAGCCAUGCAUCUCAACAGGGAAGAAGAUAACAACAAAGGGGAAGAGGAAUAAGCCCGGGGUGGAGGCUGCCAGCUCCCCAGAUUCUGUGAGAGGUCGAGGGGAAAAUAAAGCCAUCAAGUAGGUGUCAGGCAGGGUUUGGAUGCAAGCACAUGGAAAUUAUCUAUCAUGUGUCGAUGGUAUCGCAUUUUAACGCUAUUUCUGAUUUGAAAGCUAAUCUCGUAGCCCCCACCGGCCCAUGGCCUGAAAUGGUCCACCAUGGUAUGAUGCCCUGAAGACGCGUUAUGUGGAUGUACUUAUCAUCUAUCAAAGAGGUUUAAUUACACACUUUCUUUAGAAUGCAGUGGAGGAAAGUUACAGAAUUUAAGUUAACGCAAAAAUUUAAAUGCAGUAUAGUCAUACGAUAUUACGGAACACUAUGUAUUGUUCAGUUUAAAACAAAAUAUUAAAUUUCUAAAUUCAAAACAAAUGAAACUCUUAUUUUAACUAUUAAAAUUAGUAUUAUUAUUUAAUUAUCUUGCAUAGGUGUUUAAUUAGUUUGUACUGUAAUAUAAAAAAAGAAAAUAACCGUGAGAAUGUAUGUUGGUGUUAUUAAUAAUAAUUGAAUGACAUAUACAUCACUAAUUUCUUAUCAUUUUCCUUUCUAUUUCAUAUCCAAUGUGUGUUUUUUCAAUAAAAUGUUGUUUUGUUGUAUACUGACUUUUCUACCUCUUCUGUUUCAUUUGUUUCCGAAAGUGACAGAGUGAUAAAGCCUGCAGGUCAUUUUGUCUUUCUCCACAUUUAUAUUAUCAUCUAUUUACAUAGAAACUACAACUAUCCCCCUUUUAUCUUGUUGAACUACAGUAUAUGAUGACUGACCUUGUAGUUUAUGAGCAAUGUAUUAAGUACAAGUGUGAAAAGGCAACUGUUUUACAAUGUAACUUUAUACGCAUUGACAUGAUUACAUUGUUCUUAUCGAUCAGUACUCUCACCUUGACCUUUACAUUUAUGAAACAGAAGCCUAACAUAACUAUUUUUCCCUCAUUGCCUCAGUCAUCCAUCAUGUUUUUUUUACCCCUCUCCCUCUCUCCCUCUCUCUCCCUCUCUCUCUCUCCCUCUCUCCCCCUCACUCUCUCGCUAGCCACAAUGAUCUGGACAGAGACUUUUGGAAUAACAAUGACAGCAGCAACGUGCAACAGAGAUGGACUUCCUACCCGCCCAAGGAGUUCCUCUUAAACAUGUCUCCCUAUGCUCCCUACGGAGACCCUCGCCUCACGCCCAAGUGAGUCUCAGUCAUGGCUGUGGGGCCGUGGAUAAGGGUGGGCAGGGCGGCGCUGGACCCUCGCCGGGGGCCAGUGACAGCGGGGGUGGUGCUUGCUCUGGGGCCGGGCCCAGUCGCAGUGACAGCGUUCGAAGCAUGCUGAUGGGGGGCGGCAAGGCCGGGCGCUGGCAGACGGUCCAGAGCCACAUGCAGGCCGGAGGUCUACGUUUUGGCAAUUUUGGGGACGCUUCCCUCUCGUCUGCCUCCACCCUGGAGCACAUCCCGUCCUCGGCCGUGGCUCGCCCUCGGCCCUUGGUGCGGCAGCAGAGUCUUCAACAGCCCCUCACUCACCAGCCCCCGCCGGGCCCCAACGACCCCCCAGUCACCUCGCAGAGCCUGGGCCAGCUGCACACUGGUCCAGGCGGCGGGGGCCACCGCGGGGGCCCGCGAGGGGUCCGCGGGAGCCCGGCCGGAGCCUCCCGGCACAGAGGUGGAGGGGCCGGUCGAUCAAGGUCAAAUCCUGGCAGCUGGGAUCACAUGAUGGAGCAGAUCCGCCACAGAGGGCUGGACGUCAAGUCGUUCUUUGAGGGGAAGAUGGUUGUUCUGUCUCUAGCUAUCGGGAUGGCUGAACAGGAUGACUUUGCCAACCUGCCGGAUCUGCAGGAAGCGCCAGCAAGCAAAGAAAACGAAACCACACCAGAAAAGAGGACUGCGGGUAACAAACCAGGUAGCAGUCCCAGGGGCCAAACCCCCGACGAGGGCGGACGGCGCCACGAUGGCAACUCCUCUGUUUCUGACUUGGCCAACUCCGUCACCAGCGACAUGCACAUGUUAUCUCCAGGUUCGGAGGAAGACGACCAUGAGGGUCCGGUGUGUGAGAAGCUGGGUCGUGUUCAGUUCAGCGUUGGGUACAGUUUUCAGGACUCUACCCUCACUGUCAAAAUUCUCAAGGGACAGGAUUUGCCCGCUAAAGACUUUUCCGGCACAUCUGAUCCGUUUGUCAAACUCUACCUGCUGCCGGACAAGAAGCACAAGCUGGAGACCAAAGUCAAGAGGAAAAAUCUGAACCCCCACUGGAAUGAGACCUUCCUGUUUGAAGGGUUCCCCUACGAGAAGGUGGUCCAGAGGACUCUGUACCUGCAGGUUCUUGACUACGACCGUUUCAGCAGGAACGACCCCAUAGGAGAGGUGUCUGUCCCCCUCAACAAACUGGACCUGGCCAACAUGCAGACCUUCUGGAAGGAGCUCAAACCGUGUAGCGAUGGCAGCGGGAGUCGGGGGGAUCUGCUGGUGUCUCUGUGCUACAACCCCACAGCCAACACCAUCACUGUCAGCAUCAUCAAAGCCCGCAACCUCAAAGCCAUGGACAUUGGAGGCACUUCUGACCCUUACGUAAAAGUGUGGUUGAUGCACAAGGACAAGCGUGUGGAGAAGAAGAAGACGGUGGUGAUGAAGCGCUGCCUGGACCCUGUUUUCAACGAGUCCUUCCCCUUUGACGUGCCUGCACACGUGCUGAGGGAGACCACCAUCAUUAUCACCGUGAUGGACAAGGACAGACUCAGUCGCAAUGAUGUCAUUGGAAAGAUCUAUCUUUCAUGGAAGAGUGGCCCUGCAGAGGUAAAACACUGGAAAGACAUGAUGGGUCGUCCUCGUAACCCUGUGUCCCAGUGGCAUGCUCUUAAGGCCUGAGGGACCCAGCAACCAACCUGCCUGCAGAGUGCCCCCCCCCCCUCCACCUUUAGCACAUGUCGACCUACCCUGCAGUUUUGGGCUGCAGGCAAUGAGUUUCAUCUCUUUGUUCUCAGGCUUCUUUGAUAUCCCCCCUUAGCCCUUAUUUCCCCCUUGUUAAGUUAGAAUCGCCCCCCCUCAUCCGCGUCUCACCUCUUUUUUAGAACUUAAAAGAGUAUUUGAUGACUUCCCUCGGCUCGUCCUCCUGACUUCUCGUGUCGACCGCUCCCAGUGUUUAACAUCCGAGCAGCACCUCCUGCCACCCAUGAAUACAAACUACCAACCAAGAAUGGAUCAAAGUAAUAUUCCAGCCAUCAUACGUGGCGGCGAGACGGGUUUCAUUUAAACACGCAGCCGGAGCCGCGUGACUCAUUCGCCAGCUUCAUCUGGCGUCGCAGUGAGGAGUCUUCCACUCUGCUCCUCGCCCCUUUGUUCAAGUCUUCUCACUGUCACGACUCCUCCGUACCCGUCGAAUGCCUGAAAAACCAGGAAAACCUACACAGGCAACGGAAGAGCGACGACCCUAAUGAACGGGAACAAGACUCUUGUUACUCUGCUCAUGUUCUUAUCUUUUUUUAUUUUUCUCCUUCUCCCGUGGCGGGAACCCUUCGCUGUACGUGCGUCCUGUGGGUGAUGUGCUGUAACCCCAAUUUGAGUUCUUCAACAAAAAACAAAUAAGCAUAUGAACAUUUAUUGCAGGUCCGAUAGGGCAGGUGCGCCCCUCCCCCCUCACCCUCAUCACCCCCCCCCCAAAAAAGAACUUUUUCUUUAAAAAAUAAAUCCUGAUGGACAGAGAAAAAAAGAGUAAAGUAAUUAAUGUUGUGUUUUUUGUUUCACAAAAGAACUUAGAGUAUCAACUUGUUCUUCCAGACACUGAAAAUAAGCAAAAAGCCAGCUUCCAUAUGUGUUGAAGUGUGGGUUAAUGCGCGUGUGUGUGUGUGUGUGUGUGUGUGUGUGUGUGUGUGUGUGUGUGUGUGUGUGUGUGUGUGUGCGUGUGUGUGUGCGUGUGCGUGUGUGUGAAUGAAAGUGUUUUGGCCGUGAACAGCUGAACUAAGAUUCAACUAAGAUGUUUUUUAAAAUAGCCCUUGAUAGCAAUGAUAAUAAGGUAUUGUUAGAAUUUCUGAAGAUGAGGUAGCAACGGCCUGGGGAGGUCACCGAGGUUAAAGGGUCAGUCCACCCAAAACACAGACACACGUACAGCAUUUCCUAACAUAUCCUUAGUAGUUUUAAGCCAGGCGAAUAGGUUGAGAUGUAUAUUUGGGGUUUGAUGCCCUAAAAUCACAGCUGCCACCUCAAAGACAAAGAAGAUGAAUGAGGUUUCAUUAUAGCAUUUGAAAUAGCUUUUGCAACAGCUGUGAACGCUUUUUUCCCUACAAACAAUGCACUGGUUUAUCAGAUUAUCCAAAAACCGCAGUAUAAAUGGUUUAUGCUUUGAAAACAACUGACAACAACAUCUAUCCAUCAAUAAUUUAAACAUCAGGAAAAACGUCAUUGUAACUUUAGGUGCCAUGUUUUUUAACCACAUCACUUGAUACACUUAAUGCUGUAUGAUUUGGGUGAACUGAUCAUUUCUGUAUGCAGGCAAUAAAUUGCUUCUUUGGGGUAAGAGGCCGUGCUAUGUAUAAAUAAAAAAACGAACUAUCCGUACAUUAAACAUUAAAUUGCCGCUAAUCUUCUACAAAGCACUACAACGAUAUCGGACCUUAUUUUUAUUUGUUUUGCUUUUACCGAUGACAAGUCAGUCUUCCUGUGAAUGUGACCUCCCCAAUUCCCAUAGAGACAUUGAGGAAACAAGCGAGAGAGGGAAAAAAAAAUGUUUUUAAAAUGCACUGUUGGUUUUUGUCUCCUGGAUGUGUGUAUUUGUGUGAGUGUUAAUAUUUGAACUUUAGUUUGUGUCAUUUUAUUUACGGUCAGUCCCUCUGUGUGUAUAUAUAUCUGCACUGAGUUACAUUUUGCCAGGUUAAUACAGAACAACAUUGUUUACCGUUUUUAUUCUGUAUGACACAAACCAGUUGUAUAGAUAAAUGUUAUCACUUCUUUACAAAUCACUGCACUUGAUGACGAUGCUGGAACAAACCUCUCUUAAAGGGACUUUGGUUUGGGAGGGAGACAAAACUGCAAUUCAUGAGCUGAAAAGGGGAAGAAUAUCAACUUUAGAAGAGAUAAAAACCUGUUUUCUUGACCAUAAUUAAUCAUUAAUAGUUUAGACAGAAGCAGCUACCAACAUUUUGUCCCGUCUGUCCUUCUGAUCCAAGAAACGAAAGGUGGCACCAGCUGACGUCCCCCUCGAACACCCCCCACCCUCCCUCCCGAACCCCCCGUCGUGCACACAUGCUUUCUGGCACAAAGUGUUCUGUGUGUGCCUUAUAAACCCUGCCACACCUUGCUCCUCACCAUAUGCGCUCCCCCUCUCCGAGUGUCAGGGAGGGGGAAAAAAAGGUGAGACGGGAGAUAAUCAUCACCUCUUUGCAUCACUUUUAGCUACGUCUCAGGUCAGAGAGGAGCAUCAGAGUGUCCCAGAAAUAACCAGGAACAGGAGUCAUCUGUCUGUCCUGAUGGCCACGUGUGAGUAACAAGGCAUUAUUAUCCGUGCUACUGACAAAGCAUUACAUUCCAAAGGCGUAGUGAAAGUCACUUAAAUAAAUGCAACUUCAAUACUAUUGAAUAACAGUCAGGGUUUGGUAUAUUUUAGUUUUGUAAAAUCGAGCAACAUUUUGGAUGUCUACACUCUUCACUGGCCAAAUGCGGUUUACGGGCAUUCUCUGGGGGGACUGAUUCAGACAAAGAGAGGUUAACCAGCAACAUUUUAAUUGGUAUAAACUGUACAAAUGAUUGUGAAGUGUCCUGUAUGAAAAUAACGAAGAAAAAAAAAAUCAUCAGUAUUUACUGGGGUUGUUGAUAUCUGUCUGUCCUUGGUAUCACUCAGCCGCCUCUUUCACUCCCUUUUCUUUUGGUAGUUAAACAUCUGUGGUGUGCACAAUGUUGAAUAUCAACCAUUUAUUUUUUGAAAUGUGUACAGUGUAUAUAAAAAUAUAGAUGUGUACAUAAAACAAAGAUACUUCUGGUAUUGUC